AUGGAUCCGGCUGCGGCCGAAGCAGACGCGGACGCGGGGGUUCUUUCUGCGCUCUCGUCCGUGUCUGCAUCCACAUCCAUCAAUGCGUCUGCUACGGCUGCCACACUGUCCUCUUCAACAACUAUCCCGUCAUCUUCGACCUCGCCAGCGGGCUCGACUUCCUACAAUGCGUCUACGCCCCCCAUAAUCACAUUGUCAGAUGUCCCGACCCACAGAAACAAUGGUGAUAACUUCCCGCUGUUUUCCUUCCUCAACGUGCCGUCUUCUAUUGGAGCAUUGGAUGCGAUACAGCCUGCUUCUUCUUCUGCUUCAUUACCCGCUGCGAUCUCGUCAUCUUCUGGCUACAAUCACACUACAGCGGCCUCGGCCGUGGUGCCUGGGUUGGCUCUCAACAAGCGACAAAGCCGGUCUUUUGAGACCGAGGAGGAUCCAGAAGUGAUGCUCAAGCGACAGCGCAACAGCAUGGCUGCCCGCAAAUAUCGCCAGAAAAAGGUCGACCGGAUCAGCGAACUCGAAUCUGAAGUAGGCCAGCUGCAGCAAGAGCGUGAUGCGCUCAGAAUACAACUGGCCCGCCAGGAAGCGGAGACGGCUGCGCUUCGAGAGAUGCUUUUGGGCAAUGUCGGCCGGAAAGACGGCGACGUUGGGGGGGAAAAGAGAAAUUGUACAAGAAGAACGGGCGACGACGUUGCAUAA